AUGAAAGGGGAGAAGAAGAAGACGGCUGCUGCUGCUGCUGCUUCUUCUUCUAUACUCAACGCCUCCAAAAAUGAUAUUGCGGGCCCCCCUCUUAAUACCAUGCCCGCAUCUGGCGACGACUUUGAGAAGGAUCCUGCGUCCUCACGACUGCUGCUAUCUCCUCGUCGGGACCAAGACUUUUAUGCGCUAUACAGUGCCAACCCAUCAUCUGAAAAGGUCCCCGCACUGGAGCUUCCAAUUAUUAUCUCUUGGGAAUUCGAACGAUUGAAGUGCCAUGAACUACUGCACGCGCUGAAACUUCCCGUUUUAUCGAACGCUGUGAAACAGGCAACUGAAUACAAAACGAGUGUCCUUGUUUUGUAUCAGGCUGGCAGCGCAUACGAACUGCCUCUUCUACUGAAGCGUGCAAAGCAAGCCCAUUGGAAAAUUCAACGACGCAGUAUCGAUUUUCCCAAGGCCCUGGAUAUCGCAGAACUCGUCUACGAGAAGCUCCAGCAGAAUGGUGACGAGGUGUGGUUCUACGACGACCUACCUCAGACUAAAGUUUGAGAACGCGUUCGCGCGUUAGUUACUGUUGGCCGUUACGUUACGGCCGUUGCGAUAGAUCUAUCAAUACGACCUUCAACUAUCCUACAGUUACCAUCGAAGCUUAUGCUGUGGCAUGACGCUAAAGGAGGCUUGGGCGCUUACGUAGGCGCUU